GAGCGACACCCAGUACGAUUCGCCCUUGCCUGGGAACUGGAAUCGAUCGAGAUGUGAUUGCGCUGGAAAAACUCGCCAUGGACGCAGCAAGCUGGCUGUCUUCACUGGCAGCGGAGUCGACGCCUGUGAUCGAGGAGCCCAAAAGCGAGGAGGAAGAUGCCGGCACCGCCCUGGAGGAGUUGCUGUCCAUGGGCUUCAAGGAGAAGGAGGCGACGGAGGCCCUCGCCAGUGGGGGUGACCUCAUGGAGGCGGUCGCCCUGCUGGCGAAAAAGCGGGCGGAAGAAGGGCCGCAGCAGAGCGAGGAGACGCUGGAGGUGGAAGGAAUCCGCUGCGGCUUCAGCGAAGAUGGCGAGCUGGUCAUGCUCCUGCCGGGGGACGAGCUGCGUCCAGGGCCUGUGGUGGGACACAAAGCGCCCGAUGGGGCGGUGGUCUUCGAUGGUAUGGACGACUGGCUCUGGGAGCUUUACGAGGGGCACAAGCCCCGGCCGGGAGGCGAGCUCCCGGCCUUCGACAGCGAGGCCGCGCUCGCCGCCCUGGAGGAUGGGGCGCCGUACGUCUGGGACGGCUUUGCCAGUGCGGCGGAGAUUCGCGAAGCGAACCAUGCCCUCGAGGAGAUGUUUCAAAGGCGGCAGCUGACCCGGGGCAGCGGUGUCUGGGUGGACGAGUGCGCGGAGGGUGGCCACGCGCGGAACCGGCGCGCGCUGGCGGGGCAGCGCCGGGAGGACGCCUGCGGGUUUUGGGAUGUGCAAGGGGGUGAGCCGCCGCCGCCUGCGCCGGUGCUGCGACUCUUCCGGCGCCUUGAGGCGGCCGCCUGCAGGCUGCGCGAGAGCUUCGGCUGGCCGCUGCUGUGCAGCCGCCUGGGCAUGGCUGCGGUCUACGACGGCCAGGGGGCCUGCUAUGCGCAGCACCGGGACAACGAGUGGCAGCGGCACUUGACGCCAAAGGUGCCGAAGCAGGCGGCGCCCAGCAGCGAGGGCGAAGCCAAGCGCCGGCGCCUGGACUUUCAGGGGCCGAUAGGCGCUUGGAUGAACUUCCGCGAGCUCACCAUGCUGGCCUACGUGAAUCUGCCCGAGGACUUUGGGGAUGAGACAGAGACAGGGCAGGCCGCCGGGGGGCGGUUGCGGUGCUACGUGGCCACCAAGCGGGGGGACUUGGCCGGGGACACGGCGCGGGAGCUGAAGGACUUGGCGCCGGUGGGGGGCCGCGCGGUGAUCUUUCGGUCCAAGGAGCUGCUGCACGAGGUCUUGCCCAGCUUCGGGCGCAGGUACUGCCUCACCUUUUGGGUGUGCACGCCCCACUGACAUAAAAGAGACCGACUC